AUGAACAACGUUUUAUGCAGAUUAUGCUUAAUGAAGUGUGAAGAAUUGUUCGGAAUGUACAUCACCUCACCGAGCGGGGUGCAGCGCAGUCUGUCGAAAAUCAUACGAGAAUGCGUCUCCAUCGAGGUAUCCGAGUUGGAGCCAAGCUUUGUCUCCAAAUUCAUAUGCAACGGGUGCGUCUACAAGCUGGAACAGUUUUACGCCUUUCGGCAGCAGAGUCUCAAGUGUCAGGAGUAUUACAAUGGACUGCUGCAAUAUUAUCAGCAGUCGAUCCCUUGCUCCAGUAAAGCUACGUUAGACGCUACGGCAGUAGUAGUGCAGAUGCCGGAAUCCGUCGAUAGCGUAUUCGAAAGCCAUCAACAGAUUCAACCGGAUCAGUCGAUCCAUUCGAGCAACGAGCUGGCCGACAUAAACUUUUCCGCAAAUGAGUUUAUGAUGGAUGAGUCGGAAAAGAAUCAGCUCAGCAAGGAUUACGACGAUAUCAUUCGUAGCUUGCAGAAGGAUGACCUCGAUUUUACGACCAACGACGAUGAGCUCGUGAUAAAACAUGAAUUAGAAAUCUCAAUACCGACAAAUGGAGCAAGAAUACUCAAAAACGACUUACUACAGCAGGAAUGCACAAACUAUUUGCAAGCUCACGAUGCUGUUCCGAUGAAUGUGGCACAAGCAACGGAACCGAAUGAAAGCUGUUUCAAUGCGUACACUACAAUGGCGGUACCGUGUGGUGAGGAUAUUAUUAAUAGCGGCAGAACACUGCCGGUGGAACAGGAGGAUGACUUAAGUUAUGACGAUUUUGUUGGCAUUCCAACAACAACGCUAGAAGAUCAUCAAGAAAUGUCAUUGUCCGAAGCGCAUGUACAGGAAAUAAUCGCGGACGUCUAUAAUGCCACAGCAGAGAAGCAGUUACAAUCGGCAGAAGAACUUCCAUCUCCGCAACAAAUCUCCGGCGAUGUACAGUGUAGUGAAAUUUCGGGCCUUCAACCUAGCGAUUCCUAUUUCUCAAUGGUUGACUUUGACGAGUCGGACGCAGCGGGCGUUGCCACCAGCAGCACCACCACUGUGAACGAGGCAAAAGAUUUGCCAAACGAUAAAACGUGCGAGAUUUGCUUUAAGACGUUCCGCACCCGCCAGAAGCUGACGGUGCACAGAAAUACGCACCUACGGCUGGCACCGUUCAAGUGUACGUUCGAAGGAUGCGCCAAAGCGUUCAAAUCACGCAUCGGGCUCGAUGAGCAUGUGGCUCGGCACACAAACAGCUUCGAAUAUACGUGCGACAUCUGCUCGAAAGGUUUCCAGCACCGCAGCUACCUUUCCGCUCACCGACGGGCGCACAACACGGAGCGAAACUUCCAGUGUGGACUGUGUGGGCAAUCGUUCAAGGCGAAGCAAGCGCUACUAGAUCACAAAAAUCGACAUCUCGGCGUGAAACCGUUCGCUUGUGAGCUGUGCGACAAGCAGUACACGAAGAACUCGCUGCUGCAGUCGCAUAUUAAGCAACAUCAUGGCAAGCUGGAUGAAGCGAUAACGCGCUAUCCUUGCUCGGAGUGCGGGAAACAGUUCACUUCCAAAAGUUAUCUCAACGUGCACAUGCGAAUACAUCGAAAUGAGCGACCGUUCGUUUGUGAGGUCUGUAAUAAGGGUCACAUUACGCGGAAAGAUCUUGCCGUGCACAUGCUGAGCCACACGGGCGAGAAACCCCAUACGUGCGAGUUUUGCGGCAAAGCCUACGCACGACGCAAUGCCUUAGACUGGCAUCGCCGGUCACAUACUAAGGAACGUCCUUACAUCUGUGAUAUCUGUGGUCAAACGUUUUCGCAGCCAACACCGUUACAGGUUCACCGGAAGCUACACGAUACAGCAGAUCGUAAAAAGCAGUUGCCCAUCGAGGAACAACAACAACAACAGUUGGCCACCGAUGCAGCACAAGAUCAAACCCGAUAGUGAUCGGUGGUGUGGUAAAUAAACACGUGUCAGCAGGAGCCAUCAGUUCAGUAUACACACAUCUACAGUAAACGAUCCGCCUCGUCUUCCAGCAGCUCAUCCACGUCCUUUUCCCAGUUGCUGUUGCGCUCGUUGCUACCAUCGUUCACCAGCUCGUAGUCCUGCAGCUCCGCCUCCAGAUCUUUCUCCCAUUGUUCCUCUAAAAAAAAACAAACAAACGUACGAAACGGUGUUUAAAUUAGAUAAGCAAACAACAGAAAAUGUGAAACAUUCAUAUGACAAUUGUGUGGAUGUAACAAACAACAUAAAGCAGACUAAAAAGAAAAGCUGAAAACUGUUUUAAAACAAGAAGAAAGCAACGAAAAUAACGAAAACAAAGCAUGUCGUGUCGUUUAAUACAACAAAAUCCUAACAAAAGUAUACAAAACACGCAAUAGAACCAAUGCGUCUGUGUGCAGUUUGCAACGCAAAACGAUAUGGCUGGUCUUCAUGUUUCAUGUUCAUGUGGUUAUCAUAACUGACUCUGUGUGUGCAAUUAGGAGAAGGCAACCGGGUGUAAUGGUUCGUUUACGCAAAACAAAAAUACAAAACUGCUUACCAGUUCCCAAGUUCCUUUCAAGACAACAAUGCAAUUAUUUAAACUAUAAAAAAACAAAUAAACGUACGUACUUUCUUUCCAUUAACCUUUCUGCACUCACUCAACAACAACAGUGAAACGUUCGAAACGUUUUGGUUUGAAUCAAUAAUUGCCUUAAAAUUUAUUUUCUCUAUACAGAAUAAUCGUCUCCGUGUUGUUUGCUUGUGUGUUGUGUUUGUUGUUCGUAUGUGAGUGUUUGGUUUAGAGUUUUUCCGACUAGUUUUCCCCUCCUUUGUGACAAUGUGUGUGUGUGUAUGUGUG